CCCUCUUUCCCCGGAAAAGCUGAGCAGCGGACGACGCGGGGUGCACAGCGAGCAGGACGCCCUCCAACCCGAGGAGAUGGCUGAUCCUUGGCAGGAAUGCAUGGAUUAUGCAGUAAACUUAGCAAGACAAGCUGGAGAGGUGGUUCGUGAAGCUCUAAAAAAUGAAAUGAACGUUAUGAUUAAAAGUUCUCCCGCUGAUUUGGUAACUGCUACUGACCAAAAAAUUGAAAAAAUGCUUAUCUCUUCUAUAAAGGAAAAGUAUCCAUCUCACAGUUUCAUUGGUGAGGAAUCUGUGGCAGCUGGGGAAAAAAGUGUCUUAACGGACAACCCUACAUGGAUCAUUGACCCCAUUGAUGGAACAACUAACUUUGUACAUAGUUUUCCUUUUGUAGCUGUUUCGAUUGGCUUUGUUAUAAAUAAAAAGAUAGAAUUUGGAGUUGUGUACAGUUGUGUGGAAGAUAAGAUGUAUACUGGCAGGAGAGGAAAAGGUGCCUUUUGUAAUGGUCAAAAACUACAGGUUUCACAACAAGGAGAUAUUACCAAAUCACUCUUGGUGACCGAGUUGGGCUCUUGUAGAACACCAGAGACUGUAAGAAUUGUUCUUUCUAAUAUGGAAAAGCUUUUAUGCAUUCCCGUUCAUGGGAUCCGUGGUGUUGGAACAGCAGCUGUUAAUAUGUGCCUUGUGGCAACUGGAGGAGCAGAUGCAUAUUAUGAAAUGGGAAUUCACUGCUGGGAUAUGGCAGGAGCUGCCAUUAUUGUUACAGAAGCUGGUGGAGUGCUAAUGGACAUAACAGGUGGACCAUUUGAUUUGAUGUCACGAAGAAUAAUUGCUGCAAGUAACAGAACAUUAGCAGAAAGGAUAGCCAAAGAAAUCCAGAUAGUACCUUUGCAAAGAGAUGAUGAAGACUAAUUGCAACAGCCUCAUAUUCAAUCAUAAUUGCUUUUUCCCAGAUUUGCUGACACUCAUCUUUGAUGUCCAAAUUAAAAAAUUGGAAAUUA